UCCCGUCACGGGCUGAGUCCGUUAGUGGCGCGCGCGCCGCGGUGUCCGCGCCGGGGCCAUCGCCGUCCCCCUUCCCUUACCCCCCCCUCCCCGCCUCGCCCGCCGCCGCCACCGCCCAGGUUUCCAUUUUGAAAGCCGUUAGAAGAUACUGGAUUACUUCCUAUACAACUCAGCAUGUCACUGUGCCCUGGAUUCUAUAAGGUGGCCAUGAUUUAAUCCCCACUUCCAAUUUAUAUGUAUUGGUGAAGCAUUGGAGCUCUUUAGAGCUGCUGUUACUUGUCUGGAAACUGAUCCGUCUUGAAUCCCCCCACCAAAGGACGAGACCUUGCUAGCAAUGAGCUCCCAAAGCCAUCCAGAUGGACUUUCUGGCAGAGACCAGCCAGUAGAGCUGUUGAAUCCACCUAGAGUGAACCACAUGCCUAGCUCUGUUGAUGUGACCACAGCACUACCCUUGCAAGUUGCACCAACUUCAGUCCCAAUGGAUCUGCGCUUAGACCACCAGUUUUCCAUGCCCGUGACGGAGCCAACGCUGCGAGAGCAGCAGCUCCAGCAGGAGCUCCUGGCACUCAAGCAGAAACAGCAGAUCCAGAGACAGAUCCUCAUUGCUGAGUUCCAGCGGCAGCACGAGCAGCUCUCCCGGCAGCACGAGGCCCAGCUGCAUGAGCACAUCAAACAGCAGCAGGAGAUGCUGGCAAUGAAGCAUCAGCAGGAGCUUCUGGAGCACCAGAGGAAGCUGGAGCAGCACCGACAGGAACAGGAGCUGGAGAAGCAGCACCGAGAGCAGAAACUUCAGCAGCUAAAAAACAAAGAGAAAGGAAAAGAGAGUGCAGUGGCAAGCACAGAAGUAAAGAUGAAAUUACAAGAAUUUGUCUUAAAUAAGAAGAAGGCAUUGGCACACCGGAAUCUCAACCACUGUAUAUCCAGUGAUCCCCGCUUCUGGUAUGGGAAGACCCAGCACAGCUCUCUGGACCAGAGCUCCCCACCCCAAACUGGCGUAUCCGGCACCUACAAUCACCCUGUACUGGGCAUGUACGAUUCCAAAGAUGACUUCCCACUCAGAAAAACAGCAUCUGAACCCAACCUGAAGCUACGAUCCAGACUAAAGCAGAAAGUUGCUGAAAGGAGGAGCAGCCCCCUCCUGCGCAGAAAAGAUGGGCCCGUGGUGACCGCUCUGAAGAAGCGCCCGCUGGAUGUCACAGGUAUGUCGGACUCUGCAUGCAACAGUGCUCCUGGAUCUGGUCCCAGCUCUCCAAACAACAGCUCCAAUAACAUAAGCACCGAGAAUGGAAUUGCAGGAUCAGUCACAAGCAUUCAAGCUGAGGAGACUGAGGCCCAACUACAGGCUGUUCACAACUACAGAUUGUUCAAAGAGAAAAUGGAUACCAGCCUGGCUCACAGACUUGUGAAUCGUGAAGGCUCAGUAACACAGCUUCCGCUCUACACAUCUCCUUCUUUGCCCAACAUCACACUAGGACUGCCUGCAACUGGUCCUUCCAGUGGAGGAUCAGCACAGCAGGAAGCAGAGAGACUUACUAUCCCAACCUUACAGCAGCGGAUCUCUUUAUUUCCUGGCACCCACCUCACUCCCUACUUGAGCACUGCAACAUUGGAAAGAGAUGGGGGAACGGCACAUAACCCUCUUCUACAGCACAUGGUCUUACUGGAACAGCCAGCUGCACAAACACCCUUAGUCACAGACUGGUAUCUUUCAGGACUGCCCCUCCAUGCACAGUCUCUGGUUGGUGGAGAACGGGUCUCCCCUUCAAUACACAAACUCCGGCAGCAUCGCCCGCUGGGGCGCACGCAGUCUGCUCCCCUUCCCCAGAACGCCCAGGCCCUCCAGCAGUUAGUGAUCCAGCAGCAGCACCAGCAGUUCUUGGAGAAACACAAACAGCAAUUCCAGCAACAGCAACUGCACAUCAACAAGAUCAUAUCAAAACCCAAUGAACCAGCUCGCCAGCAUGAAAGCCAUCCUGAGGAGACAGAAGAAGAGUUAAGGGAACACCAAGCCCUUUUGGAGGAGCCAUACAGUGACAGAGUCACAAGUCAAAAGGAGGCCCCAGGGCUGACCAAUAUGGUGCAAGUGAAGCAAGAGCCAAUUGAGAGUGAUGAGGAGGAAGCAGAGCCACAGCAGGAGCUGGAGUCUGGGCAGAGACAGGCUGAGCAGGAGCUGCUCUUCCGUCAGCAAGCCCUUCUGUUGGAGCAGCAACGUAUUCACCAACUGAGAAACUACCAGGCAUCACUGGAGGCAGCUGGCAUGCCUGUCUCCUUUGGAGGCCAUCGGCCCCUGUCCCGUGCACAGUCCUCACCUGCCUCAGCCACCUUCCCGAUGUCUGUCCAGGAGCCACCCACUAAGCCAAGGUUCACAACAGGCCUUGUAUAUGACACCUUGAUGCUGAAACACCAGUGUACCUGUGGAAACACAAACAGCCACCCUGAGCACGCAGGGAGGAUCCAGAGCAUCUGGUCCCGGCUCCAGGAGACAGGUCUCCGUGGCAAGUGUGAGUGCAUUCGUGGAAGAAAAGCAACUCUAGAAGAGCUGCAGACAGUUCACUCAGAAGCCCAUACACUGCUGUACGGCACAAACCCUCUGAACAGACAGAAACUGGACAGCAAGAAACUUCUAGGUUCUCUAACGUCCAUGUUCGUCAGGCUUCCUUGCGGUGGUGUCGGGGUCGACAGUGACACAAUUUGGAAUGAAGUUCACUCGUCCGGUGCCGCUCGCCUGGCCGUGGGCUGUGUCAUUGAGCUCGUGUUCAAAGUAGCCACAGGAGAACUGAAGAAUGGAUUUGCUGUUGUUCGGCCUCCAGGUCACCACGCAGAAGAGAGCACACCCAUGGGUUUCUGCUAUUUUAACUCCGUGGCAAUUGCAGCCAAGUUGCUCCAGCAAAGACUGAACGUUAGCAAAAUCCUUAUAGUGGACUGGGAUGUUCAUCAUGGGAAUGGUACUCAACAAGCUUUCUACAAUGACCCAAACGUUCUUUAUAUUUCACUACAUCGCUACGAUGAUGGGAACUUCUUUCCAGGCAGUGGUGCUCCUGAUGAGGUUGGCACAGGAGCUGGAGUUGGUUUCAAUGUCAACAUGGCCUUUACUGGAGGCCUUGAUCCACCCAUGGGAGACACCGAAUACUUAACUGCUUUCAGAACGGUAGUAAUGCCCAUUGCCAAUGAAUUUGCCCCAGAUGUUGUGCUGGUGUCAUCUGGUUUCGAUGCAGUGGAAGGCCAUCCCACACCUCUUGGAGGAUAUAAUCUAUCAGCAAAAUGCUUUGGGUACCUGACGAAGCAGCUGAUGGGCCUGGCCGGGGGUCGCGUUGUCUUGGCCCUUGAAGGAGGCCACGACCUGACAGCCAUUUGUGAUGCCUCCGAAGCGUGUGUUUCUGCUUUGCUGGGAAAUGAGCUUGACCCUCUUCCAGAUAAGGUUUUCCAACAGAGAGCAAACGCUAACGCGGUGCAUUCAAUGGAGAAAGUAAUCGAGAUACACAGCAAAUACUGGCAUUCACUCCAGCGUUACGCCUCCACUGUGGGGUACUCCUUGGUUGAAGCACAGAAAUGUGAGAACGAGGAGGCAGAAACAGUAACAGCCAUGGCAUCUCUGUCAGUGGGCGUGAAGCCAGCUGAGAAGAGACCUGAUGAUGAACCCAUGGAAGAGGAACCUCCCCUGUAGCAUUCACCUUCAAGCUGGAGUUCUCCUGUUUGUUUGUCUUUGUCUUGAAGCUCUGCCAAGAAGCUUUCUCUUGUUACUCCUGCGUCCUGUCAUGGUUUUUUCCAGAAUAUGGAAGGACAACCAGGUGUAAAACAAAGCAAAUGAGAAACAUCUCUCCAUAUAUAUAUGCGUCUACAGUAUAUAUUUGCUGAAAAAAAAAAUGCCAGUGAAGAGCAGACUGACACAAUGGGCACUCUUCCUCUCAUCCUCACUGGGAGUGGAACGGGGAACGAUGCCCAUGAAGUCUUUGGCAGAGUUGCCAAAAGAAAAAAAAAAAUACAAAAAAUAAAAAUCAAAGAUUCAUCAACACAUACGAAAAUAAAGCAAACAAACCUUAAUGUAAAACUGGUGCUUACGAUUUGAUUACCCACAAUUCAGCAAUCUCCGCUUGAACCACUCGACCCAUCUUGUAGUUUCAUUUCUUGGAUUUUUUCAAUGGCUCUUGCCUGCCUGUGAGUCAACGACAUUCUUGUCGAAACCAGAACAAUGGGAGAUGGUGUAUUUUUAAUGGGGAGGGACAGGGAAAGAGGGACUCAUCUUGCAUCUAAAGGAAAGGGAAAGAGAAGGGGGGAAAUGGUAGCCCAGAUGGAGUCAGCUUUAUUGUCUCCAAAGCCAUCUGAAGAUGAGUUUGUGCCUUUUUUUUUAAUUGAUGGAUUUGGUGCAGCUGGAUUUUCUGAAGUUUGAGGAACAAUGCCUUAAGUAAAAAUAAACAAAUAAAUAAAUUAAAAAAAAAAAAUAACGAUAAAGAACACAGCAGUUCGUGAAUAUUUUUCCUCUGGUUGGGAAAGCCAAGAACUGCCAUCAGGAAGGAAGAUUUUUUGGCUUGUGCUGGCAUGUUGGUGGGAAGCAGGCAUCAGCUGAACAGAGCGUCUCCAAAAACUGUCUACAAGUUUGGAUUUGUUUUGUUUUCUUUCAUUGCUGUUUCUGGAAAAAAAAU